AUGAACUUGGUUCUGUUAAGCGCCAUCCUUCCUGUGGCUUCAAGUUCCCAAACACGAGAUGGACAUACACCACGGGCAACGACUGAAGUCACUCGUACGCCUUCCCCUGCUAUAACGUUGCGAGAGAUCUCGCCGACGGGAACACUGGUGUCACCGGGAAUGCCAAAUGCCCGUCCUCCGCCUUCGCCCCCAGAAUCAGAUACCUUAGACCCUACGAGCGUUUCUGAUGUGCCUGUGCCACCUACCGGUGGAGGCGCCGAACCUCCCUCUGAUGGCGGCGUGCCCCUAGCACCUGGUGGUGGUAAAGUGCAGAAACCGAGAAGGCUCCUGACAAGUGGACCAGAGAACCAUUCGUCUAGUUUUCUUCGUUCUCACAGUAGUGAUGUCCUCCGCGGUGUCUCAGUUGCUGUGCUCGUACUUGGAGCUGUGAUGUUUCUGAAGCACUUGGCACUCUGGUCUCGACUGAGGGCGCAUCGACUGGGCCACCCUGUACGCCCAGCGCCCAUCGAUUCACGGCAUUUCUUGGAUGCUUGGGACAAUGUCACCUCACUUCCACAUGUACUGUGUAUUCGGGAGACGAUAGCGCUGAUGAUUGUCUGGUUGUCGGCUGUCGUUACUAGCGGGAGAUAA